AUGGCCCCCCUGGAGAGUGGGCAGUUGCCCUUCUCGCUCAUGUCCAGGGCCGACACUGAGUUUGUGCGUGAAUCCAAAUUUAUUCAUGAAAUCACUGAAAUGAUUUCACAAAAAUUAAACCGUGCCUAUUUGACAUAUGAGACGAACUAUCCAGUUGAGAUAGACUCUCGCAUACGAGAAAUAAAUGAUCUUUUAAGUGUUGGAGUAGCUGAUGUUCGCACAAUAGGUAUAUGGGGGAUUGGUGGAAUGGGUAAGACAACACUUGCUAAAGCUGUUUAUAAUUCAGUUGCUCAUAAGUUUGAAGGAUCCUGCUUUUUGGAAAAUGUUAGAGAACAUUCAAAGGCACCAGGAGGCUUAGUUCAACUACAAAAGAUUCUUCUUCGUAACAUUUUAGGCCUGAAAAUGUCGAAUGUAACAAAUUAUGAUUCAGGACUGAAUAUCAUCAAGGGUAGGUUGCGCUACAAAAGGGUUCUCCUAAUUCUUGAUGAUGUGGAUCAUUUGGACCAGUUAAAAUAUUUAGCUGGAAGCUCUGAUUGGUUUGGUUUGGGCAGUAGAAUUAUCAUAACAACAAGGGUUGAGCAUUUGCUGCUUGUUCAUAGAGUUGACUUCACAUACCAAGUGAAGGAGUUAGAAUCUGAUGAAGCUUUGGAGCUCUUCAGUUCUAAUGCCUUCCCAACAAGUAGACUUCCGGAUGAUUAUCAAGAACUCGCAAAUGGUUUCGUAGGCUAUGCUCAAGGGAAUCCAUUAGCCCUCACAUCUAUGGGUUCACUUUUGUAUGGGAAAAAUAUAGAUGAAUGGCAAUCCAUAUUAGAAAGUUACAAAAGAGCUCCUGCCUCAAAUAUUCGUGAAAUCCUCAAAAUAACAAAAAAGGAACUAGAACGUCAAGUGAGAAGACCCGAAGAAAAUGUCCUCACCAAUGUUGAAGAAGAACAUGGGGUGCAUGACUUGCAAAGCUCGGGACUAAAUGAAGCUCAAAGCAAUGAACUGAUGCUUGAACAAAAUGACACAAUCUCCGGUACUCCAGAAGUAGAAAGACUUCAAGGAAAAAUUUCUGAAACUUAUAACGAAGUUACAGGACUAAAUGAAGUUGAAAACACUGCAAAGUUGCUUGGAGUUGAGACAGUCUCCAGUACUCAAGAAGAAGAAAGGAUUCAAGGACAUAUUAAUAGAACUGACGAUGUUACAGAACAAAAUGAAGAUGAAAACAAUGUAAACUUGGUUGAAGGAGAUAAGACAUUCUCCAGUAUUCAGGAAGAAGACUUGCUAGGAAAAGCUCCUGGAACUGACGAUGAGAUCAGACAUUCUCCAGUUCUCAAGCAUUACAAACACUUCAAGGAAGAAUUCCUAACACUGAGGCUGUCACAGUGA